AGCAUGGGGAUGGCCUCUCCCAAUGGUGCUACAAUGCCUGCCCUUCUGGGGGUGGCCCAGACUGCUUGUGUGAAUGAGCUGGUGGCAAUGCCAAAGCACCUCGGGUCUGUGGUGGCUCAGAGGCUGCAGGAAGCCACGUUGCAUCCCGGUUGCUGUGGAUGCUGCACUCCCCUGCCCCCCCCGGGGCUAAUUAUUUCUGCUGGGGCACUGGUGGGCUGGGCUGCGGCACCCUGGGGAGGGCUGGGGAAGGAGGUGGUGCUGUCUGAGCUCCGUCUCGCUUUCCUUGCAUCCCCCAGGCUCAGCUGCACGCAGCCACGGCACCGACAAGGGGCAGAGGACCUGGAGGCAGCGCGCAGCGUGCCGUGGCACAGGGCAGCACGCCCCUCACACCACCGCUGCUCAGGGUCUGGCUCAGGGUCCCUGGCUGUGGGACAUAUGGUGCCACGGGCUGGUGGGAGCUGCCUCUCUGCAGGGCACGCGUGCACCCACGGUGGCUGUGUCAGAGCCUGGCUAAUGGCACGGCUGGCGGGGGGCCAGGCUGCUGCCCGCCGGGGCUGUCCUGCUGCCCGAGGGGCUGCAGCACAGCCUGCCCGCUGCCCCGGAGCCAGGGUGUGCUCGCAAUGUGCCCAUCUGGCCUGCAGCCUUCAGCCUCCAUGCCGGGAGCCCAAGCAGGGCUGAGGUGGCCGGUCAGGGCUGAUGGACCUGCUGCAAGGUGGGGAUGGUGCCUCUGGUCUUGGCACUUGGCCCUGGAGAAGCUCAUUAGCGAUGCUCCCGCCUCCCGCCCGCGGUCCCUGCGGAGUGGGGCAGUAAGUGCAGGAGGCUCUAAUGGCUCCAAGAGGCUCCUGAUGGGCUGCGAUGGAGGCGGGAGCAGGAGGGGCUGUGGUUUCUGCCUCAGACAGUGCCGGAGCUGCCUCUGCCCAGGGAUGGCAGGGAAGAUGCCGGGUGGGCUCCUGCUCCAGCUGCUCCUCGCCGCUGCUCUGUACCCCGGCAUCCUCGGGACAGCCUCGGUGCAGAACCUGCACCUCUGCGAGGGCUACGCCGGCCCCGACGGCCGCUACCACCCUGGCUUCUACUGCCCGCGCCUGACGGACCCAGCCGCGCACCAGUACUGCUGCCGGCCCGGCCCCCACGCCCUCAAGUCCUGCUGCUCCCAGGGGGCCGUGGAGGCCCUCACCGGGGUGAACCUCUCCAGCCUCCCUGUGCCUGGCCUCCUCCGGAACCCGCUGGCCCUGCCCUUCGUGGGGCUCUACGGGCUCCUCGUCCUCAUCCUCCUGGCCCUCGACCUCGUCCACUUCUACCGCACCAAGCGCUGCAGCCUCGGCCGCCUCCUGCCCUGCAGCCGUUGUCCAUCCCGGGGCUCCCCGGCCGUCGGGGGGCUCCUGUCGCCCCCCCGCGGCAUCCCCGGCCCCCCAGCCCUGGCCCCCAGUGCUCCUGGGGGGGCAGCGUAGGGGACCCGGUGGCUGCUGCCAAUGGGGGAC